AAUUCGUGCUCUGGCUGUUAUAACACUGACCCAAGUCGGACAUUGCUAAAAACGAACGAUGAAAAUCUCAUCCUGUCUUCGGUUGGAACAAUCGGUUCGCGAUACAACCAGUUAUCGCUAAACUACGACCUAGAUACCUAGGAGAUCUCGUCAACGCCUCAGCCUGGUAUUCACUGCUCAUUUUCUGUCAUCUUCACCGGAUAUAUAUAUAUCUGACAAAGAAUUUCGUAAGUCUGACGGACAGAAUCUUCCUUAAAAAGAAAAUUAAACACAAACAAAUGAUACAUUGAGAGCUUUAUGAUUCACUUUAUCUAACCAACACCUCUACCUCAGAUGUUGAAUAUCUGUCUUUAACUUGGAUAUACAUAACAACACGAUUGUCGUUUCCUCGGACUCUUUUCCAUUGUUCUUACCAAAUGUUUAUCUUAAGCUCUGGAGUGCAGAACGUUUACUAACAGCUCUUCUUUAAGAUAUGAAAAAGGUGAGAAUUUUAUAAGUUUCAAAAUGUUCUUUUAGGACAUACCUCAUAAAUGACCAUCCAUCAGGAUAAUAUAUACAACGAGAGUAUUUUCUUACUCUUUCACUGUGUUACUUUAUGACACAGGUCUAGAAAAAUCAUUUAAGGAACUCCACCAGACUAUAUAUACAUAUAUUCACAAGAACUGUAUUUAUCCCAAAGAAUUUAUCUAAUUUUGUAUUUCAGAGAUGUCCAUCUAUCGUCUGCAAAUUAAUGCCGAAUUGCUAUCUCACCUCUUCUAUUUGGAUAUGUACACAACUCUAAUUUCAUAAGAAUUUUUCUUUGCCAUUUUCAUUUAUUUUUUUUAAUUAUGGUAAUUAAAUUGAUGAAGUACAUAAUUAUUUUUUAAUAAACUAAAUGUUGAGAAGCUAUCUCCACCAACUCUUUCCAGUUGGGUAUCUAAAACAUCAAGAAUUCCAAAUGUUUGUAGAUUCCUCCGAAAUAUUUUACACGUCCAUGAUCAAAUAACGUUUCCAGCGGAAUACAUUCACAGGAAAAAGGAAUUCAUUGCAAAAGAAAGAAAUAUUUAAAGUAAGGAGAAAAAAAAAGAAUAUAAAAAGAAGAAAAGACUUUAAAAAGGAAAGAAAGUAACACAAGGAAGGCCAAGAUAAAGAAGUGGGGGGAAAGCUUGACAGUAUAAGAAAGCGAUUUGAAAUAUUCAGGACUCAUUUCUGUCUCACAAAACUCAUCAGCCAUGUUGCAGUACGCCUUAUUUCUCGUGAUGCUCCAGUUUGUAUUUAACGUUGAAGUAGAAGCCAGUGGAAAGAGCAUCUUUUGUUAUUACAGUAGCUCGGCCAAUGCCCGUCCUGGGGUCGGGAAAUUUUGGCCUGAAUACAUUGAUCCAUUCCUUUGCUCUCAUCUUAUAUUUGCCUUUGUUGACAUCACUAAGGAUGGGAAGGAUCUGAAACCCAAUAACUGGAAUGAUCUAGGCCCCGAUGGCUUGUAUAAAAGAACGAUGGCGUUGAAAACUGUCAACCCGAAGCUAAAGAUAUUGAUGGCAGUAGGAGGUUGGAAAAUUGGUUCCAAACCAUUUUUGCCAGUGGUUAAGAACAAAGAAAAUAUUCGAAUUUGGGUGAAAAACGUUAUUACAUAUCUUCGGAAAUACAAGUUCGAUGGUUUGGAUAUGGAUUGGGAAUUUCCAGGAACCAGAGGCAGUAAAGCGUCGGAUAAACCCUUAUACACUUUCCUCAUGAAGGAACUCUACGAGUCAUUCGAAGAGGAAGCUGACAAAACAGGGAACUCCAAACUUUUGUUGACAAUGGCAACAGCAUCCAGUAGUUUCUAUAUUUCAAAAGCUUACGAACCUAAGGAGAUUAUCAAGUACAUGGAUUACAUGCUGCUUAUGACUUACAACUAUCAUGGUUCCGGUUGGGAGAAGAAAACAGGUCAUCACAGCCCCCUUUGGUCACACCCGGACGAUAGCUCGGGAGAACAGAAAGAACUUCACCAGCAAUGGUCAAUUGACUAUUGGUUAUCUCAGGGCAUCCCUAAGGAAAAACUCAUUGUCGGACUUCCAACUUAUGGGCUGACUUUCAAAUUAAAAGAUCCAGAUUUGACAGGCGUUCAUGCACCAGCAGAUGGGGGCGCUGAAAAGGGCAAGUACACCGGAGAACAGGGAAUCCUAUCGUUUUAUGAGAUCUGUGAGAAAAUUCAGCUGGAGGACUGGACAGUGGAAUGGAUUGACAGCCAGAAGGUACCAUUUGCUCAUGGCAAUGGAGAAUGGGUUGGCUUUGAGAAUCCAGACAGUAUUGCUCUAAAGGCAGACAAUAUUGUUAAAAGAGACUUGGCUGGAGCGUUCUUGUGGUCAGUGGAGAUGGAUGACUUCAGUGGUCAUUGUGGAGAGGAAAAAUAUCCACUGAUAUCUGCAGUAUAUAAGAUACUGUCAGUGGCUUCCGAUUAUGAUGAUGGUCCAUCUUCCAGAGCUGGCGGUAAGCCACCAAUAUCUGUAAAAGAGAAAAUCCAGUUUGAAUGUAAAGCACUGGGACUGUUUGCAGCCCCCAAAUCAUGUGAACAUUUCUACAUCUGUGUUCCAGCUGAUAACUAUGAUUUCAGACCAAUAUUGAUGAAUUGCCCCGCUGGAACACGAUUCGAUUCUGACCUUAAAAUUUGUAACCACGCUUACCUGAUUGAUUGUGACUAAUCGAUGGAGUCCUAGUUUUUAUUUUUGAAAUUUUGUUGUUUUUUUUUGUACUUGUUUUCUGUUCGUUUGUGUCUUUUUUUUUUUUAACUUUCUUGGAUUAAGAAGGCAGCGUGUUAGGUUGGAAGAAAUAAGGAAAUUUUCAUAAGAACAAAGAGUAGAAAUGAUGGAAUUUUUUUUCUUGAAGUACUACUACUUUGUAACAAAAAUCUGAAAUUUACCUCGACAUUCCCAUAUACAUACAUACAUUCCCAUAUACAAACAUACAUAUAUAUAUAUAUAUAUAUAUAUAUGUGUUGGUGUGUGUGUGUGUGU